AACGCUUUUGUCUGAAUAUCAAAAACCCUAGUCUCUCUCUCUCUCUCUCUCUCUCUCUCCACAGUCUCCACCUCCACUCUCUCGCCACUCACCAAUCACCAUCCACAAAAUUCAUCCCUCUCUCUCUCGCCGGCUCUUCUUUCUAUCGAGGACACUGAGUGGCUCGCUCCCGGAAGGAACCAAGCGCUGGGACCUGUCGAAGUUCGGUUACAGUGACAAGGAAUUUGGAUUUUGGAGGCCGUCGGAAUGGUAGUCGCUGAGAAUGAAGGGAGCGGGGACGAGCAGCGGGAUUCGAGUAGUGCAGCGCCCAAGUCCCCGUGGAAGACGCCGAUUGCGACGGACGGCCCCGAGUCGCCCUCUGAUGCUCCGGCGAUGGCUGCAGACUCCUGGCCGCCCCUCUCCGAUGCGCAACGCCCCAGGAAUUCCGAUUCCGCCGCCACUAAGCCGCCGGAGGUAGCUGACGGAGUCGCUCUGCCUCCCGCAUCACGUGCUCCGGGAUCUGGCGAACACCAAAAGUUGCAUGGGCCUGGAAACCCUAAUUCAUCACAUAAGUACUCGCAAUCGCGCCAUCAAAGAACAGGGGCAAAGCGUAAUCCAAAUGCUGGACCUUAUUUUACUGUACCCCAACCAUAUCACCAACCAUCAAUGCCUCCUGUUUACCCUAAUAUGGUGCCUAUGCCACAUGCACCGGCUCCUGGGUAUGCUUACCAGCCAUACCCUUUACCCUUUCCUAGUGUGGAAAUCAACAUGGUGAACUCUGGUUCUGAGAUGCCCAUGCAAUCUUUUGUUCCACCUGGUACUGACAUAGAUGCUAAUAGGAGCUUUCAGGCUCAAUCCCGAGGUGAUCCAAAUGCACGUGUUGCCAAGUUUUCUAAUAGAAGACCUAAUAUGCGAGAACCUGGUGGCCAUUUUAAUCCUAUGUGGAAUAAUCAACGAGCUCCUGGUUCUAGAGACAAUAUUGCUGUGCAGCAAACUGUUGGGCUGAGGGCUUUUGCGAGGCCUCCCUUUUAUGGUCCAGCUCCAGUCUUCAUUGGUGGACCGAGCUUUCCUGGUGCUCCUGGACCUUUGUACUAUUUUCCUGCUGCACCUCCGAGCCCAGUUAGGCUACCCCAACCUUCGCAGUUUGUUCCACAAGCUCCAAGUGCUGUGACUUAUAUGUUACCCCCAGAGACUUUAGAUCUGAGAGCAAACAUAGUGAAGCAAAUUGAGUAUUAUUUCAGUGAUGGAAAUUUGCAGCAUGAUCAUUACUUGAUUUCUUUGAUGGAUGAGCAAGGCUGGGUUCCAAUAUCCAAAAUUGCAGACUUUAAAAGGGUGAAGAGCAUGAGUACAGACAUAGAUUUCAUACUUAAUGCUUUGCUUAGUUCUUCUGCUAUUGAAGUGCAGGGUGACAAGAUACGAAGGCGUUAUGAGUGGUCACAGUGGAUCCCAGCUUUGGCGGAGGAGAAAUUAUCAUCUGCUGCAAAUAGGCCCCAGGAGCCACCAGCGGAUAAGGGGACUGUUGUUCUAGAGAAUGAUUUUGAUGAGAGGUACAAAAAGCCAGCUAAUGAUGAGAGUUUGGUGGAUCAAUUAUCAGUUGAGAAGGAUGAUAAAAAAAUGUCAACAAAUUGUAGUGCUGAACAGAAUAGUGAAUUAGUUCUAUCUGAUGGUGGAACUCAAGGAUGUAGUGUAGAAAAUAUUGAUUUAAGCAAGGGAUUGAGUUCUGAGUCAGGCAUAAACUUCUCAGAUCCUGGCCUUAAUGAUGUUCCUGUGAGCCCAAACUUCCAACAGGAGUCUGAGCCUUCAAGGAUGUCUACCCGUAAAGACCAUCAAAUGAAGAGCAAAGCACCCUCAGAUUUUGCUACACAGAGCCUGGAUGACCUAUCUAAUGAUUUUGCAAGCACGUUUAUGCUGGAUGAAGAGCUAGAACUUGAGCAGAGAACAAGGAAAAAGGAUCGUCUUUCUUCAGUAAGAAGGGUUGAUGAUGAAGAUGAGGAGAUGGCUGUCAGUGAUCAGGCUGUGGAGCGGCUUGUAAUUGUCACCCAGAAUAGUGGAAAUGCUGAAGGAUCUGGAACUGGUGCAAACAAGUCUAAGUCCUUAUCUAAUGAGCUUGCUUCCGCUAUCAAUGAUACACUUUACUUCUAUGAGCAGGAAUUGGAAGCGAAGCGAACUAACCGCAGAAAAAAUAAGUCAAGCAGUGAGAGAAGAGAUGGGAACACUAAGUCCUCCAGCACUGCUGUGAAAACUAUAAAUCCAAAGGCAGGUGGGCACUUUGCUGGUAGUAGCGGCCAUGAAGGUCCAGGGAUUGCCAAUCCACGAAGGAAGCAAAAUAAAGGCUUUUCCAAGCAGCAGCCUAUUCACAAGCAGCGUUUAUUUACCAGCAAUAUCAGAAAUCAGACAAUGGGCCACAGUUCUCUCGGCACUGUUUCAGAGAGUCCACCGAGUUCUUCAGUUGGGUUUUUCUUUGGUUCUACGCCUCCUGAAAGUUAUGGCUCAAGGCCGUCAAAGUUGAGCUCUUCUCCUCAUGGUAAUCUUCCUGGAAACAGUCCACCAGUGGGUUCCUUGCCAAAGUCAUUUCCACCUUUUCAGCAUCCAAGUCAUCGGCUCUUAGAAGAAAAUGGUUUCACACAGCAAUUGUACGUCAAAUAUCGUAAGCGGUGCCUAAGUGACAGAAAGAAGUUGGGAAUUGGUUGCAGCGAGGAAAUGAACACACUGUACAGGUUCUGGUCAUAUUUCCUCAGAGACAUGUUUAUUCCUACCAUGUACAAUGAGUUCUGUAAAUUGGCUCUUGAAGAUGCAGCUGUGAAUUAUAAUUAUGGAGUAGAAUGCCUGUUCAGGUUCUACAGCUAUGGAUUGGAGAAAGAAUUCAGAGUGGACCUCUACAAAGACUUUGAACAGAUGACCCUUGAUUUCUACCAUAAAGGAAAUCUUUAUGGCCUUGAAAAAUACUGGAGGCCUGUGGUUAGAUAUAGUUGGAUUCCUUUGCUGAAAGGAGGACAUGGAAAUUGCAGAAAUAAGAAAAGGCAUUCCACCAUUAUCGGGAAGUUCGCGAUGGGAAAGAAGCAUUAAAUAAAAAUCCAGAGCUGGCUAGAUUGCUCAAGGAAGAAUAUUGUGGCUUGGAUGAUUUCCACCGUACCAAAGCGACGAAUGUUUAAGAGAGGACACACUCAUUAGGCAGCAGUGAUAUGCCUGCUGUCAGGUGAUGAGCCCCAAUUUUGGACAACAGGUCUAACAACUUGUAGAGAAGCUGAGCUGAAAUUAGCGGCCUUUUUCUUCUUCUUUUUUUUUUUUUUGCCCUAUUUUUCAUGUUUUGGUUGGUGGGAUAGUUGUAUAUGUGGGGUUUGAGAGUGGCUGGCUGGCUGGUGGAUAUUAGGCUUUUGUUUCGGGGCUCUACCAUCGUAUUCUGGGCCGUGAACUGUACAACUUGUAUAUAGCAAAAUUUGGAAAAACAAAAAAAUAAACAGAACAAAACAAAAUCCUCCCCCCCCCCCCCCCCCCCUCCCCCCCCCAAAAAAAAAAAAAAAAAAAAGAAA